UUCCUCCCCGGUAUAAGGCCGCCAUGGCUGCCGGGGGCCCCAUCCGCGAACUCCGAGAGGAACUCACUUGUCCCAUCUGCCUGGAGUAUUUCAGUGACCCGGCGACCAUUGCCGAGUGCGGGCACAACUUCUGCCGAGGCUGCCUGGCUCUGAGCUGGGGGGAGGCGGGGGCGGGGGCUUCCUGCCCUCUGUGUAAACAGCCCUUCCAGCCGCGCAACCUCCGGCCGAAUCGGCAGCUGGCAAACGUGGUGGAAAUAGCCAAGAAACUCAGUCCCCAGGGAGGCGCCGCGCAGGAGAGAGUCUGUGAGAAACACUGGAAGCCCUUGAAAUUUUUCUGCCGUAAUGAUCAAGCCCUCGUCUGCGUGCUCUGCGAUAGAUCCAAGGAGCACAAAAACCACGAGGUGAUUCCUGCCGAGGAGGCUUCCGAAGAGUAUAAGGGUAAGAUCUCCAGCUGCCUGGAGACUUUGAGGACUGAGAAAGAGAGAAUUCUGGCAUAUAUAGCAGAUGCUGAAGACGAAAGCCAAGAAAUGCUUAAAAUAACUGAAUCAGAGAGGCAAAAGACAGUGGCUGAGUUCAGACGAUUACGACAGUUGCUGAAAGAACAAGAAGACCGUCUGCUGGCCGAAAUAGAACAGGUGGAGAAGGAGAUAGCCAGCAAAAGGGACGAGCAUCUGGCCAGACUCUCUGAGGAACUCUCCUCUCUUGUAAGCCUCAUGUGCGAAAUGGAGGAAAUGCAGCAGCAGCCAGCCAGUGAACUCCUGCAGGAUGUUAGAAGCACCUUGCAGAGGUAUGAGAAGAAGGAGAAGUUUGAGAAUCCAGUGGCUUUGACUCCUGAGCUGGAAUGGAAGCUCAGGGGCUGCUGUGAUAUCGGUCCCUUUCUGGGGGGUGUCAUGAAGCAAUUCCAAGGCACUCUGAGUUCUGUACUUCGGAUGCAAAAAGCCAAUGUGACUCUGGAUCCAGCCUCAGUCUCAACCCCAGCUGGUUCCAAGCUCGUCCUGUCUGAGGAUCAAAAAACGGUCAGAUGCCAAAGCAAAACUGAAGGCCUACCUGAAGAUCCUAAGGAAUUUUAUAGAUGUUCCUACUUGCUGGGCUGUGAGAGGUUCACAGCAGGCUGUCAUUUCUGGGAAGCCAGCGUGGGAAGUGAGGAAGGCUGGGCUGUGGGAGUGGCCAGAAAGUACAGGAAGGGCCCGAUCACCAUGACACCUGAGGAAGGAAUCUGGGCUGUGGGGAGGUGGAAGGACCAGUACAAGGCUUUCAUAAAGGGCACUGACUCUCCGUUGUGUCUGAGUGGGGAGCUCAAGAGGAUCCGAGUCUGCCUGAACUACGAUACUAGACAAGUGGCCUUUUUUGAUGCUGACAGAGCAGCCCUGCUGUAUGCUUUCUCAGGAGCCUCCUUCUCUGGAGAUGCCAUUUCCCCCUUCUUUGCAGUGUAUGGUAAAGGUUACCUGAGAAUCUCUCCUUAGGGCAGUUAAAUCUCCCUCAUGGGCUCUGGUGAUGUUACUCAUGAGAUCAGGAUGAUUUUUUAAAAAAUCAAACAUUGCUUCCCCCAACCCCCUUUGUUCAGCUCUGCAGACUACCAGUAGACUACCAGUCACCCAAACUAACACAAAUGGUGUCCAUUCUUGCCCCUUGUUUUUUUCCGGGAUACCCUUUUCCUCGACAUAUUAUUUCUUAAAAGGAUAGCAAUAUAUUAAAAGUCACAAAUACCCAUCAUAACCUGUUCGAAGAAAAGGGCAGAAGUAGAAAUCAGGGUCUUCAGGGUUCCAUCUUCUCCCCUUCCCCCAAUCUUUUUCAUUUUUUCCUCAGACCCCUCACCGGAUCUGAGAGUGCUCAUUCUGUGUUACUUCAGUGACAAACGACAAAGAUGCUCCAGAUCAGAUCUCCAGUAUAUAUAACACAACUGAGAAACUUACAAGGGGGUAAGGAAGCCACCAUCAUCCCUCCCUAUGGCUGCCCCUACUUGCCCACAUUUUCCCCUGCAGAUGGGGAAGGAAGGAAAGAGAAAGGAGUGCAGCAAUUGUUCCCCUUCUCUCCUGUGGGGAAAAACAGAAGAAGCAGCAGCACCUCCUCCUGGCCAGAGCUACUUGCUGCCUGCUGAUGGAAAUCUCUCUCCCUCCACCAUUGAUAUUGAGGGGCUGCUGCGCACUGGCAGUAUUUGGGCUGUGGGAGAACCUGUGGCCACUUGAGCUCCCUCCCACCCCAGAUACUGCCAGCGCUCAAUGUCUGCUUCCUCUUGACACUGCCUUCUUUUCCUUUCAGCUGUGUUCCCCUCUCCCCUGCUAAGGCAUCUCAGAAGUUGCCAAGCAAAGAUGGCCCUUUUAUUUCUUAAGCAUUUUAAAUCCCCUUUACUUUUUUAAAAAUCCAGUUUUUUCUGCAUACGUAGGGGUUGUCCCAGAUCUGUAGAAAGAUCUGUCUUGUCUGUACAUGGCCCUAACCCAUUGAUUUAACAAACCACAUUUAAGACCAUAUUCAGAAUUAGAUAUAAUUAGAUACAAUGAUGAUAUAUUUAAAUUCAGUGAAGCUGGAGGAAGGGGUGGAUUGAGAAAGCAAUGCUGUGGGAGGGAGUGUGGAAGUGGUUCACUUUUCCCUUUCAUACAAUUUUCUAGAUCUAACAGUGAAAUCCCAAGUAGAGUUCUAAAGCUAUUGAUGUCAAUGGAUUGAGAAGGGUGUAAAUUUCUUAGAAUAACACUGCAAGUCAUUUCUCAAAAACUGCUGUUUGCUCCUCAGGGGACAACAAUCAGGCACCAUACAAGGAUGUGUUUAAUAUGGUUUCAUUGUCUACUUGUAUUAAAAGUUUC